AGUUUCAGUUUGGUGUUAUUCGUCGCAGCGAGAAGUUUAGGUGUAUUUUACCUUGCCUGUAAGAAGAUCAAACGAUUUUUAUACAUUUUUUUUUAAUUUCCUGUUUAAUUCGUUUUGCGUUCUUGUUGUUCCUGAUUCGUAUUGCCAUGACACUACUAUAUGAUCCAAUACUGAAGAAUAAUUCUUAUUUAAUUCAUUUGAUAAAAGUAUUUUUGUUUUGUUGUUGGAUGUGAAAAUAUCAACAAAUUUUUCCAAAAGUGUGAGUGUUGCUUUGGACUUAUACGAGAAAUACAAAUUGUUCAAGAUAUUUGAAUUUAUAUUUUCAUCGAAGGAUUAUAAUUUUGGAUCUUAACUAUGUUCUUUUACCAAAAAUGUGACUUUUCAACUAUGUGAUCUCGCAAGGCGCGAAGUUUUUGGAACUAGUUCUUCAUGUUUUUGUGUGAAUUUUUCGAUUGGACGGAACUUGUUCGAGUGCAAUAUGAAUUCCUUGUUAACGACUAUGCCAAGGUCCUUUUUUUCACGUCAGAUGGUGAGCCCUACGCCUCAUAUUUACGCAGCAGAUGUGAUUACUUCCGAUUCCGCAAGGAUGCCGGAGUCACCGAGUGCAGUGAAACAACAUCUUGCGGCGCCCUCUAGCGGCAGGAGCUCUGCUCCCAUUUCCUCCCACAAAUCUAGCUCAGGUAUGAACGGGUCUCAUUCUCCGCAUUCUACUACUCCAGCAGGGCGCACUCCUUCUCCCCCGGGAACCACCUCCUCUUCCGUGGCCCCAACUCCUUCUUCAGUGAACGGUCCCCAAGAUCUUGGCCUAGGCCUGAAUGUCAGGCCCCUCAGCAAGCUCAAAAGGUUCCUUACGACACUGCAACAAUUCGGAGCGGAUAUCUCGCCGGACACGGGAGAACGAAUGCAUACUCUCAUUCUGGGACUCGUUAGCUCAUCUUUACCCAUCGAAGAAUUUCAUCAAAAAGUCCAAGACUUGACGAAUUAUCCUUUAAGGCCUUUCGUCAUUCCUUUCUUGAAAGCCAAUCUGCCCCUUCUUCACGCCGAGCUGCUUCAUUUCGCACGCUUAGCGAAGCAAACCCCUCAGCAGUACAUCCGACAGCACGAACAGCUCAUCAUAGAGUCUGGUUCCCACGUUAGCGGUGAGCCUUUCGAGAUAUUCCAGACCGACGUCAAAGAAAGUGUGAAAAGACGGACACCACCUGAAUCUCGCUCCCGUGAGAAUGGCUAUUCGGACAACAGUUCCGAUGGUCCUCCACCAGCGAAGCGCCAACAGACUCUGCCCAGCCCCACUCUGGGAUCCCGUAUGAGUCCAGCGGGGGCACCAAACCACCUGCCGCCAAGUCUUAACUUCAGGUUCGAAGAGGGCCUAUACAGGGACCGGGAAAGGGAUAGGUAUGAGAGGUUUGACCGUUACGACAGAGAUCUCUGCAGGCCUUACUAUGGUUCAGUGCAUCGAGAUUUUACGGAUGACAGAGACAUGGAAGAUGAAUGGAAAAAUAUUCAUACGAUGCUCAACUGUAUACUGGGCAUGGUGGAAAAGACAAAGCGGGCUUUAGCAAUUCUACAACACCGAAGCUAUUCAGACAGACAGGAUAUGGCACUUUGGAGAAGCCGGCAUCUAGAUGGCACGGAAUUCGACAUUAAAAAACGAGCCGCCGAUAUCCUGCCGCAUUAUAAGUCCACCGAAGAAGUCAGACGGAGAACAGUGCCGGAAGGACUUGUUGGGGCUCGUCAACCCCCUCUUCUCCCCUUGCCAGAAGAGGCCGUACAUGAAGUAAAGCGACAAGCGGUCGCCGAACUUCAGAAGGCUGUGUCAGCUGCAGAGACCAAGGCCAGUGAGCUGCUGGCAGCUGAAAGGGCAAAAAUGGAACGAAUGCUCUCCGAUGCCAGGAGACAAGCGGCUGAAGAGACCAUGGCUGCCAUCAAUCAUCAGGAUGAAUCAACCGAGAGUUGCUGGAACUGUGGAAGAAAAGCUAAUGAAACUUGCUCUGGGUGCAAUAUUGCUCGCUACUGUGGUGCUUUCUGCCAACAUAAAGACUGGGAAAACCACCACAGAGCCUGUGGAACCUCCACCAGCGCCAGCAACCACGCCUCACCCUCAUCCACACCUCCUGUUGGCAAGCAAAGUCCUCCGGCAAGGACAAUUGUUGCCGAAGGACCAAAAACAGAAGCCAAAAAUUGACAUUGCCAUAAGCAACUUUGCUUUGUCCAUACCAAAGAUCAUGCCGCCAGGUGGCGGUAGCACGGUACUCGCAUUACGAGGUUGAACUGAUGCCACAAUUAAGAGUAUGUGGUUUGAAAGAUUUUUACAAAGGCAUUUGUUGCAUGAGAUUUUAGAGCUGUCCACAAUAGGUCCAGGUAAAAUCCGACGAUAAAAGAAUUUAAUUACAAUGAUACAUAAAAACCAUAUAAAUUGUUUAAGGAGUUUUUAAAAUAUUUCAGAUUUACUAAAUUUUAUAAGUUAAUUGAUAUUGUUUUAAAUGAUUUAAAUGGGAGAAGUUAGAAAUGAUAAAAAAGCGAUAUUAUGCAAAAUUUCUUUCUAUUGAUUCCAACUCCUUUGUUAAUUAACUUGUUCUGAAUUGUAUACUUUUUUUUAACAAAUGCAACUUAACUAUAAAAUUGAUAUCAAUGGUUUCAUAUAUAUCGUAUAAAACUGAUAUACAAUAUUUAAAAUUUUGCAUCAAAAAUGAAAUUUUGUUUAUUAAAAUCACUUUAGCAGAUUUUUUACAAUAAAUUUCACCAAAUAAUGGCAUUCUUAUUAUAGU